GAAGCAGUGAGAGUCUGAGGAACAGAAAAUCAGUCAAGCAGAAGUGUACCAAACUUAAACAGAAAUCUAUCCUCAAACAUUAAAUAAUACAGAACCCACUCAGACAUUGGACCCAAACACAAACCUCACUAAUGUCCAAACCACAGACUGUUUGGUCCAAAAUCUCAAAAAGCCCCCGACUUCACAGAUAAAAAAAAAAGUGCCUGUCCCUUUAAGAAACAUGACACAGGGAAACUCUGGAAACUGAAAGUGAAAUUCUUUCCUGGGAAACAACCAGGAUCUUCGUCGAUAAUUUCUUCUUUGCGGACCGACGCCAACAGACGUAAAAAUGGCUUCCAGUAACAGUCUCCUGUCUGAGGAGCAGUUUAUGUGUCCCAUCUGCCUGGAUGUGUUCACUCGGCCAGUUUCCACUCCAUGUGGACACAACUUCUGCAUGUCCUGUAUCUCGUCCUACUGGGACGACAUACCAGUCAGCCAGUGUCCCGUCUGUAAGGAAACUUUUGAAAGGAGACCGGACCUUAAAGUCAACACUUUCAUCUCAGAGCUUGCAUCGCAGUUCAAGACGCUUCAAAUAGACCCUCACAUCUGGAGCACAGACCAACAUCAGGCUCGCUGUGGUGCUGCGGUGGUGUGUGAUAUUUGUACCGACACCCAGCGAGAGGCUGUCAAUUCCUGUCUGGAGUGUCUGACUUCUUACUGUGACGUCCAUCUAGAGCCUCAUCACAGAGCUGCGGGCCUGAAGACACACACACUGGUUAAACCCUUGGCGAGCCUGGAGGACAGGAUCUGCAAGGAGCACACCAGACUUCUGACUUUGUUCUGUAGAAAAGAUGAGGUUUUGCUGUGUGACGUCUGCGCCAGUUUGCGCCACGUAAACCAUGACGUUGUUCCUGUGCAGCGAGCGUAUGAAGAGAAGAAGGCUCUGCUGGCGGACACUGAGGCCAGCAUGCAGCAGAUGAUCCAGGAAAGACAGCAGAAGGUCCAAGCCAUGAAGGAGACAGUUAAACAAAGCAAGACAGAAACCAAAGAUAUGAUAGAAAACAGCGUGCAGGACUUGACGGCGCUGAUCUCUGAGAUCCGGAAGAGUCAGACGGAGCUUGUGAAUGUGAUCGAGGAGAAGCAAAAAGCAGCAGAAGAACAAGCAGGUGUGUUUAUUAGCACAAUGGAGCGAGAGAUCACCGAGCUGCAGAGGACGACCUUGAAGCUGAGGGAGCUGAAACAGACUGAAGACCAGCUUUGUUUCCUCCAGAGCUUCCCAAACUCAUCCAUCCAACCACACACAAUGGACUUGUCCACAUUCAGUUUUAACAGACAAGUGGAGAUACACCACAUACGGAAAACUUUGAACAAAUCAGUGUCUCAACUGCAAAUGUUGCUGAAUAAAAUGACCACAGACAUUCAGCAGUUCCCCAACAGCACAGAUGAGUUAAAUGAUGCUACGCUGAGAUAUGUGCAGCAGUAUGAGGUGGACAUUGUGCUCGAUCCCGACACAGCUCACCCUAUGCUCAUCUUAUCUAAUGACAGGAAACAGGUGAGGUACGGCAAUGAUUUAAGUUUAAGGAGAAACCUGAACCCGAACAUGUUCACUACAAAUCUUGCAGUUCUGGGACAGAGAGGCUUCUCAUCAUGUAGGUUUUACUUUGAGGUCUUUGUGGGCGGAAAGACUGAGUGGAAUCUGGGCGUGGUCAAGGCGUCAAUCCAAAGAAGGGGGGCGCUUGGUAGGAGUCCUCACUCUGGACUCUGGGCCAUCUGGUUCAAAAAGGACAAAUUCGUAACCUUGUGUUCUCCUAAAGUGCCGGUACACUUGGGCAAAGUGGAGCGGGUCGGUGUGUUUGUGGAUUAUGACGGAGGGGAAGUUUCUUUCUAUGACGUCCAGACCGCAACACUCAUUUAUACUUUUACUGAGUGUGUCUUCACUGAGGAACUGCAUCCGUACUUUAAUCCUUGUGAUGAUGAAUUCGGUUCAAACUUGGGGCCGAUGAUAAUCGCUCCCGUCAGUCGUCCGGUGUGAUUUGUGAGUUAUUUACCAAAAUGCAACUCUUGUAAAUGAUUGCGAAAAAAAAUCUUUUUUGUAAAGCAGCUUUUGAUUAUAAUAAAAUAUGUAAAGCAUUUGAAGGGAUAAACCAUCUUCCGUUGCUGAUUUCUGUCUCUAGUGCCUAGUGAAGUUCUUUCCUGGGGGCGACCAGGGAACAGUGCCAUCUCUUAGAGCAACCAUGAGAUUAGCCAACAGUGGAACUGCACCCCGAUACCCACAAAACUACUAUAUUUCAUUGUUUGGGGUACAUCAACUUACCUGUUUGCCUCAAUAUUCUACCAACGGGCGUUUUCAAAAAUGUUUUAAAUUGUUUGGCUUCUGAUCAUUUACAGAUUGGAAACACGUCUCUUCUCUCAGGCAUCUUCCCACAGGCCCUGAAAACUGCUGUCAUCAAGCCACUAUUAAAAAAGAACAAUCUAGACAUGUCACUAAUGAGCAUUUAUAGGCCGAUAUCAAACCUUCCAUUUUCAUGUAAAAUGAUUGAAAAAGGGUUUUUUCAACGACUCAACCUUGUCUUGUCACUAAACAAUGGUUUUGAUGCCUUCCAGUCGGGUCUUCGACCAAACCACAGCACUAAGACGGCUCUUGUUAAAGUCUUUAAUGGCAUCCACCUAAACACAGACAGUGGCAAAAUGUCAGUCUUAGUAUUACUUGAUCUCAGUGCUGCAUUUGAUACGGUCGACCACGACACAUUACUAGAACCUAAAAACCAUGGACGUGGGUUGAAAAGACCUCCAACUGAAUUGUUGAUCAACAGGCCGGGAUUCUGCUGGUGGAGAGGAAGGGCGACGGGAUCCUACACUGGAAAGACAAGAUCCCUGGACUCCAGCUAACAGCUUUGUUUGCUCAGAUUUACUUAUAUCUUAGCGAGCUGGUGAAGAGCUCAUAUGUCAUAGUAGGCUAAGUUAAUUCCUAAAAAACUUUAUCAAUGUAUGAGUAUUAGCUGAGUAAUAUUUUGUUUAAUGAGUGAGUGAUCAAUAGGAACAUAGUAGUUAAGAACCGGUCCUCAUUGAGUAAUAGGUGAAUAGGACCAAACGAGAAGGUUGGCUAGCAAAACGAGAAGGUUUUGCUGAAGAAAAAAACUAGAGAUAGUCCGAUACCAUCUUUUGCAUCCCGAUACCGAGUACUGAUCCGAUACCAGCGUGUUAUAUACUUUAGUAUGUUUUAACAACUGCAUAAACUACAGUACUUCCCGAUACGGAGGCGAUACCGGAACAUCUCUAGAGCAAACAAGAAGGUUUGCUUAGUCCAUAGUCUAUGUGAGAAGACUAUAGGAAUAAUAAACUCUGUGAAUCACGUUAAUUUAAGAGCAAAACGAGGAGGUUUGCUGGGUACCAAUGUUCAGUGCGUGACGUUUUGUGUGUGAAGUCGUGUUGAAUGUCACUUUUCUGUCUCUUUCUUGCAUUUGUCUGGCAGUUAUUAACGGUGUCUCAAUAAGACAGCCAAAAAAAUUGCUGGUGUGGGAGAGCCGGGACAGUUGAAACACUUUUUAAUUAAACGUAAUUUACAAAGCAGUUGUAUCGCACUGAACGUAAUAUUUUGUCACUAGCAAUCUACCUGUCAUCAGUCGAAUAAAGUUAUUACUGCAAAAGUGGGACGAGCGUCAUCUGUCCCUCCUGGACGGGACAAAUGAAACAGCAUGGGGGGGACGAAUAAAACAUACAAUUUAAGCCAGUUUAAACUUCUCACAACUUUACUAUUUUACUGAAUGUCAUGAAUGGUACUUCCAAAAGGUGUUAUUUUAGAUAGACUGUUGCUGGGCUAUACGUCUGUGAAUGUCUGUUAACAACUCCUUGCCGUUAUUGUGAAGAGUGCAUGAAACGGUUAUUGAAAUAUCAUGUACUGUGGAUGAUUCUGCCAUUUUAUAGUAAGAACAGUACAUUUUUACAUUUAUAUCAUAUAUAUACUGUAUAAAAUGUUGUUUCACUAGGUUUUUAACGUGGGUUAGACCGCUGCAUAUCCAAACAACGACCCACAGCCUGUUAGUCUCCAUAGUAUAACAUGGGAAAACUUGACCCCCCUUCCUGGUGGGCCCAAAUAUAUUUUCAUAUUUCUAAAACUGCUUUUCCAUGUCUCACCUCCAUAAAUGAUUAUAUAAACACAGAUAUUUGUACAUCUACUUAAAAUACAUGGAGUUACAGCCAGGUCGGGGGCAGUUCAUCCCGACAUAGACACUUGCCAUUGUAGCCUGUAAACAAGCAUGCAAUAUGAAAGUCAGGGAUUGUGGAGAACACUAAACGGUCUACCGUAUAAGCAUGUAGUCAAACCUUUAAAUGAAAAACGCUCAUGAAUAAUCAAAAGAAAUCUAACCGCUUUUGAAGUUUACUUUUGACCAUCAAAAUACAUUUAUCGGCUGUAACUCUGUGGUGAAAGAAAAUAACAGGAAGAGAUUUGGCUGAUAGAAAGAAGUAGGUUAACAUGCUCUAUGUUUUCAUCUAAGUCUGCUUUCAUCAUCCGUCAUCAUUUCACUCGGAGAAGACUGAUUUCGUCGUUUCGGUUGUUCAGGCUCUCCCCUACUCAACAUAAAACAGCCCUGUCUUACUGAUAAGGUUGGUUGCUCUGGUAACCGACUGGCCGUUGAGGGCAAAGAGAGUGGGGGCUCAUCUGUCAGAGAGGGAAGAAUAGGAGGGAGAUUAGAUAUAAAAUAUAUAUAUUUUUGUGUUCUUGUAAAAAGGUGUCCAGUUGUUUUCUGGUGGUGUCUUGAUGAGACAGAGGAGUGGCAGCCUGACGAGGUCCACAACACUGAGUCUCAUUAAUCAAAGUCAGUUGCUUGGGUCAACUCCAUAUAAACUGACUAUGAAAGGGAAAGGUAAUGUGAAGUAUUUGAGUAAGUGGAGAAAGGAUUAUGGUUUUGCUGAAAAGUUGGAUGUGGCUGAAUGUGUGGAUUUGAUGCAAAAAAUAGAGAGAGACUGUGGUUAGAAUGCGGUAAAGAAGGAAAAGGCUGGUUAUAUUGAAGCAAGGACUUAGUUACAGAGAAGAGAAAGCAGAAGAGGAAGUGUUGAAUCUUGUAGGGAUUGAACUUGCAACACAAGUAGUUGAAUAAGUGGAAAUUAAAGGAAGUAUAAGAUGAGUCUGAGAUCUGGAAGAUUAGAGGAAAAAAGAAAAUGUGAAGUUAUGAGACAAUGGGGGUGAAAGGAAAGUAGGUGUAAGAAAUAGAAAGAGAGUUUGUUGGAGAAGUGUAAUGAGAAAGACAGAGUGUUAAAGUGACAGCGUGCAUACUUAGUGGUGUUCACAUGGUUUAUAAAAUUCGAAUGGGAUUGAUGAAAAGUUGAUACAAACAGCAGCUCGAGAGUGUUUUUAAAAAAUAACUUAGAACAAUUGUGUAACUGUCAGUGUAAAAAGCCUGACAUACAUGUCAGUAAACUAGUUUUGGAUGAAGCCAAGGACACUGUGUGUGAUAAGUAAUAACAGAUAGCUCAUAAUCAAAGAUAUAUUUUGAUCAAAUUAAAGUUUUUUUGUAUUGAACCCUGAACAACAGAGAUUGUUUGUAGCGUGUAAAUUGAUCUGUUCAUGUCUUACAAAUUCACAAACAGGUUAACGACUGAACGGAAAUCAGGUUGUUACUGGUUUAAAUGGAUGAAGCACACGGAACAACAAGCUAGUGUUAAAAAUUACAUAGCUACAAACAUAUGGUCCACUGGGAGGCCACAAGUAGGAUCCAUUCAGACUGAACAACCAAAAAUGAUGCCACAGGUUUGCAAUGUGUCCUUAGCCUGUUUAAGCUACGCCUUCUCUAAGUCUUACACUUAAAAUGGAAAAGUACAAGUCCUUAAUUUACUGUUGGCUCCAGUAAAUACUGUCUUAUCUCCUGUUGCUUUAGCUCUUAAAAAGUGUGCACCGAUUGAGCUUGUCUUGGUGUUGACAUCACUACCGACAUAGGUAACUACGCCUCAUGGUUUGAGUAGAGCUGAUGUGUGGUGACUGUGUGGAGACACUUCAAGAACCCAACCCAUGUCCCAUACAGAGCAAGAAGGGGCACUCCUGGUUGCACUUUUGAUGACAGAGUGUACAUUGACAAACUCCGGUGUACCCAGAGGCGUACCAGACAGUUCAAAGCACACAAUCAGAUUGGCGCAGGUUUGAGUCCUUUCUUUUCUGGUGGGCAACAGUAAACAAAAAUGAUGAAUUACUUGUAUUACAACAGCGUUUUGUGAAUUAUUAAAGAUGCGCUGACGGGCACAGCUGAGCAGCUGGGUUUGAUUUCUCUGAUGGCUCUCUGAUAGAGGAGAAUUCAGGCAUAAAUGAUCCAUUCAGGCUUCUUGGAAACAUGGUUUGAAAAGGGGAGCACUUUAUUGUUGUAUAUUUUUUUUGUAUUUCUCGCAGUUGCAGUUUCUAUCCUGGUGGUCUGUGGUUGUUGCUGUGUCCCCUGUCUAAGAGAACUUAUGCCGAGAUGGAUAGAAACGAUGCUCAAUAAAACAACAAGAAUUGUCACAAGAUUGAGAUUACAAGGAGUCUUAUGUCUGACUACAACUGACACUGAAGUGAAUGAUAAAUGACGCAUAUUAUGAAAAUUGAGAGAAGAUUAAUAUGUAUAUUUAUUUUGCAGAAGGACACAGUGUGCCAUCUUGAACAAUAUUAUGUUACACUUUGGAAAUAUAAUAUAUAUCCAAUAUUAUGUUAUGCUUUGGAAACAUAUAUACA